CGUCAUUCACGGCAAUUGUCAAUCGAACCUUCCUCUCUUCGAAGUAGAGACGUGCAACCACUUUUACUCGCGUUUAUUUUCGCCUAUUGUUUUCAUUGUCCAUCUUUAUUACACAAUCACCAGCACGAUAGCGCGGCGUGUUGUUGUGAAUAAUAAUUGUCUGCGAUCUUAUUGAAAACAUGAUCGGUGCUUUGUGAUUCGUUCGAUAAUUUAGUACCUAGUGAUUUGAGGUCCAAAGUGCGUGUAAUUUUAUAGUUUGUGGCUUGUUUUGUGCUAAUAAUGUCGCUGGAAGAGAAGUUUAAUGCUGCUGUCAAUGUAAUAAGGAGUUUGCCGAAAAGUGGAUCAUACCAGCCAAGCAAUGAGCUCAUGCUGCGUUUCUACAGCUACUUCAAGCAGGCCACGGAAGGGCCCUGUGACAAACCCAAGCCCGGAUUCUGGGACGUAGUCAACAGAGCAAAAUGGGAAUCAUGGAACAAGCUCGGCAACAUGUCACAGACAGAGGCGAUGCAGGCCUACGUGGACGAACUACACAAGAUAGUGGAGACCAUGUCAUACAGUUCCGACGUGGCCUCAUUCCUGUCAGUCGAUGAUGAAGACGAGGAGUUCCCUAACCGGGACUUGGAGCUGGUCGCCGGAGACGUUCUACGCAGGGUCCGUUCUGAGCAUAACACUCCUAUCGGCUCGCGCUCCGUGAGUGGUGCGUCGUCUCCCGUGCCGCGCACGCGCCACGACUCCGAAGACGAGUACAUUGACACGGUCGAUGUUAGUAUUUGGAGUCAGGUGGACGCCGACACAGGCCAACCCGGGGGCUUAGCCACUGUCGAUGUUAAUGUGAGCGACCCGGAAGUAGCCGAGCGCGCGGCCGCGCCCGCUCGCGCCGCGCCGCCGCCCGCGCACGCGCACGCGCCGCCGGCGCCGGGCCCGGCGCCCGCGCAGACGCAGCCGCGCCUCAGCAACGGCCAUGCGCACCAGAUCACGUCUCAACUCACGCAUCUCAAGGUGCUGGAGCAGCUGCCGGGCACGCUGGCGCGCCUGGAGGCUGAUGUAGCGGCUCUACGGAAAGCCGUGGAGGGGGAGAGGCUGAUGAACCAAAACCACGGCUGGCGGUGGCCGUGGCAGGAGCUGAGCGCGCCGACGCUGCUGCUGCUGGCCGCGUGGCCGCUGGUCGCCUGCGCGCUGGCCGCGCGGCUCCAGAGGCGCGACACGUAACACGUCCUAUAUUAUUACGAAGACAUAGUAUAAGGGGGUCACGCGACAUAGUCGGCUGCCAUCGAAAGUUACAUUACAACCUUGUUUCCUUCUGAAAGAUACUGGCCACUUACGAUGGAAAAAGCGAUGUCAACGCAUGCUGUGGCAUAAAUAUCAAGUUAAAUGCUCAUACUAUCUGACAUAUGAGAACUAAUGUGACCUGUAGCGCCACUGCUGAACAUAUCCAACAAUGUUCGAGUAAACUUAAUUCUGAAAUUUCUUGAUACUUAAUGGUUAUUUUUAUUUCCUAGUAUUUUAAUAUUAACUCAACAAAACAUCACAAGUAAUUUAUUUCAAUGUUUUCUUUAUAUAAGAGGCAAAUGGAUCAGACGAAUCGCCUGAUGGUAAGCGAUUACCGCCGCCCAUGCACACCUGCAACAUCAGGGGCCCAUUUUUCGAACGAUAUUAGACUAAUAUUAUUAGUCCGCGAACUAUCAAGGGCCCAUUUCUCGAACGUUAUUAGACUAAUAUUAUUAGUCCACGAACUGUCACGUCGUAUGGGUUACCAUGGCAACACACUAAUAAUUUUAUACUAAUACCGUUCGAGAAAUGGGCCCCAGAGGGGUUGUAAUGUAACUUUCGUUUUCCGCCAUCGCAUAGCUCAGUUUACAUAACGGAUAUGACGAUAUCUGUCUUAGUGAAAUGGUACCGUUGGGUUUUGUACGUUAAAAUAAUGGGGGUAAGGUUCAUUUUCACUUAGCGUCAUUAUUUAUAGUCCGUGAGCCGAAUGAUGAAUUUAUCUGUUAUGAAAAUUAUGCCCCUUAGGAUCCGUAUUAAGUUUUCUGUAACCUUUUUUAUUUAAUUAUUCAUUCCACAUUAAUACCACAGUGUGUACAAGUUAAAAUAAAUAAAAAGGAUACCUACAAUACUAUUUUUACCAUUUUGAGACAGUUUUGCACCAAACUGCUUGUUAUGCAAAAUUUAACACUAUCACUAAUAAAGUUCAAAAUCAGAUGGGAAAUGAAGUAUACCGGAUCCUAUGGGUUUUGUGCUGAAAUACAUUUAUCAUUUAUAUUGUAUUAAAAUAAAUCGUUUUAUGAUUUUAAAUUCCCACAAAUUAAUCUUAAUGUUUGGUUUUAAUAUUGUAUUUGGCUCCUUGACUAGCGGAUUUUUAAAGCUUUUAGUGUUGAUGCAUUUGACAUGUUAUUUGUAAGAAAUUUCAGUUCUAAAUGAAAAUGCGCAGAAUUGAGGGUAGUUCUUUAGUACUUCAUUUGGAUUAGGUUGCCGAGCGGACUCCGGGCUAAGACAACGCUAUAAAAACUUGGGAGUCCACUGCGUAGUCUCGCUUCUAUUAAAAAGUUUAUACUAAAAUAGUAAAAAAAAAAUGUUGUUCUGGAAUGGACAAUUUUAUGUACGAAAAAUGGAAAUCAUGUUCAUAAGGACAGUGGUGCCAACAUGAGAAAAUGCGCUUAUUUUACAGAAUUAAAAAAAACCGGCCAAGUGCGAGUCGGACUUGCCCUCCGAGGGUUCCGUACUCUUAGUAUUUGUUGUUAUAGCGGCAACAUAAAUACAUCAUCUGUGAAAAUUUUAAUUGUCAAUCAGGGUUCAUGAGAUACAUCCUGGUGACAGACGGACGGACAGCGGGGUCUUAGUAAUAGGCUCCCAUUUUACCCUAUAGGUACGGAACCCUAAAAAGGAGGUUUCUUUGUCUAUCCCUCGCUCUACGCAUGCGUCAGUCAAUGUUACCUGCUACUUCCUCUCACUUAAUUUAUUCGGCGAUAUUCUCACUUUUAUACAUUCUUACUUUAAUUAAUUUUUAAGGGUAUUGGUGUACUGAUUACUGUUAAAUAUACAUGCGAAGCAGAGGGUUAUUUCCCACAAGUUACGACCGAGGUCUUACCAGUGGAUAACAAAUGAGAUUUUUUUUCUCAAUUUUGAUCACUGGGUACAACUGAGAAAUAAUCCUACUAGUUACAAUAGUUUGGUGCUAACUACUGGGAAUUAUUUUUCACCAAACCAACUGGGUAAAUGCCCUCUUGAUUGUUCAAAUACUAAAGAGAGUUGCAUUUUAUCCACAUGUGGGGCAAAGUAAUCAAAUGUAAAUUUUGCGUUGUUUCCUUAUGUUGUCUGGUAGAAUUGACAUAUUUUUUUGGUAUUUCAUAGUAAGAAUUUUCCUCGCAUUGGUGUGGUGAAAAAUUUUGUGAUUCACUCGGAGGCUAAGUUUGUAACCCUCAUGCCUUGAUUACCUCGCAACGCUCAAGAUUCCACUUCUCGAACCACUCGGUACGUUCAUGGUUCAAUUUUGUAAUCUUUCGCUUGCUCGGGUAUCAAUAUUAGCACGAGCGGUUAAACAACCCCUUGUAAAACAAAUAUAAUAUUCUCGGCUGUUACCACUGGGGACAGAUGAGAAAAAAAAACUCCCAGUAGUUUCCACUAGAGACAGAUGAGAAAAAACUCUGUUGUUAUAUAUUACCACUGGUAACAACUUGGUGGUAACUAGUGGGAAUAACUCGAAGCAAAUGGAAUUAGGACGUUCAGCUUUUUUAUUCCAAUGUGGAGGCAAACGAGCCUACGGUUCACCUGCUAAGCGGUCAUAGUAGCUUAUAAACGCCUGCGUUCUGACCGUUUAAGGAAAUGAUUUUUUCGCUUCGCUUGCGAUGUACAUGACUUUUAUAUAUUUUUUAUUUUAAAUAUUGAAAAGACUAAAAUAUAUUUUAUUGAUUAUGAAUGAAUUCAAUUCUAUUUUCGUUGUUAUAAGGAUUUUCUUAUUCUGUAUCCUAUGUUAGAGUAAGCAGAUGUGUUGUUGGUUAUUAUUUGUAAUUAUUAUGUGAUAUGUAGUUAAUAAAAUGUAAUAGUUGUUGUA